CCCACCGUCUCCCCCCCUCCUCCGCCGCGCUCCACCAUCACCAUUCCAACCCCAACCAACCACCUCCAUCACCGACCAAAGCUCAUCAUCGACCAGACGCCGACGAUCGCAAGAAGAGACGACGAACGAGAGACAUGCGGAUGAGCUGCAACGGCUGCCGCGUCCUGCGCAAGGGCUGCAGCGACGCGUGCACGAUCCGGCCCUGCCUGCAGUGGAUCAAGUCCCCGGAGGCGCAGGCCAACGCCACCGUCUUCCUCGCCAAGUUCUACGGCCGCGCGGGGCUGCUCAACCUGCUGGCCGCGCCGCCAGCCGCCCAGGACCACCUCCGCCCGGCCGUCUUCCGCUCCCUCCUCUACGAGGCGUGCGGCCGCAUCGUCAACCCGGUCUACGGCUCCGUCGGCCUGCUCUGGUCCGGCCAGUGGCACGCGUGCCAGGCCGCCGUCGAGGCCGUGCUCAAGGGCCAACCCGUCGUGCAGGUCGACGCCGCCGCCGCACCGCCGCUGAUGCUCGGCGGCCGCAGGUUCGACAUCCGCCAUGUCGCCAAGGAUCCUGACGCCGCCGCCGCGGCAGACCUCCUCCGCGUCGCGCGUGGACGCAAGCGCGCCGCGUCGUCGUCUUGCACCUCCUCCAAGCCCAGCGGCAACAAGCAGCGGCGCGCGUCGACUGGCGACAACGACGAACCUCUGACGCGAAGGCCUGGACAAGAGGCGGAGGAGGAGCCGGAGCCGGUCGUUGAGCACGACCACGGGCACGACGAGGAGUCCGCCGGCAGCCACGACCACCACCACCACCACCUGCAGGCGCAGCAGCAGGGGUCGGAGGAGGACACCGACGUGGAGGCGGCGUCGCACUCCCACUCCCACUCCCACUCCCACUCCCACGUGAGCCAAGCCGAGCCCGAGCUGCAGAGCCAUGCGCCACCAGUCAGCAGCACCCAGCAGCACGCUGAUGAGGACGACGAGGAAGAGGAGGUUGGGCUGGAGCUCACGCUCGGGCUGGAGCCGCUCGUCAGGCAGAGGCAGCAGCAGCAGCCCAAAUCUUCGCGCUACGACGACCACAGCGGGUUGAGCUUGAGCGCCGCAUCGAGCCUCAUCUGCCUGCGCCUGCAGCUGCCUGCCUGAGAUCGCCAGCUCGCCGCAUCGAGCCACAUGCCUGACAACAAUUUUGGGACCAUGCCGUGUCAGGAGACAAACAACAAAAAACAGACUUCUUCCUAGGUUUUUUCUUUCUUUUUCUGUAAAAAAAAGGGCUGCUGAGCACCGUCCUAGGAUCUCUUUGUUUCUUUGCGUCCUGUACUACUACCUUACAUGUGAUGUGAUGGUGUCUUUAAUUUGUUCAAACUUUUUAUGUUUAGCUCCGGCUGUCACAAAUUUUUCAA